UCACAGUUCUCUACCAUUCAUUUCUAGAAACAACAACGAUCUGCGUGUGUGUGUGAUUUCAGAAGCAUUGUUCGGAUUUUGAUUAUAGCGUUUGUAGAUUCCGAUCGGUAUGGCGGAUGAAGUGAAGUACCAGCACCACCACGAGAGUAAGGUGGAGGAGCCGUGCGAGACAGCGGCGGUGCCCAAGGUGGAGGAGUAUGCGGCGGUGGAGGCCAGCGAUCGUGGACUGUUCGGUUUCGGAGAGAAGAAGGAGGAGAAGAAGUGCGAGGAGGAGGUGAUCGCCGAUGAGUUUGAGCAUAAAGUUCAGGUGUGUCCGGAGAAGAAAGAGGAGUACGUGGAGGAGGAAAAGAAGCACGAAGGAUUGAUCGAGAAGCUGAAGAGGAGCGACAGCUCUAGCAGUUCGUCAAGCGACGAGGAAGAAGUAGAUGAGUACGGAGAGAAGAAGAAGAAGAAGAAAGGAUUGAAGGAAAAGAUCAAGGAGAAACUCUCCGGCGAGGAUAAGAAAGAAGAAACUCACGAACUGAAGUACGAGGACACUUCAGUCCCGGUCGAGAAGUGCGACGACGCGCCAGUUCACGAACCGGAGGAGAAGAAAGGAUUCUUGGACAAAAUCAAGGACAAGCUUCCAGGAGGCAAGAAACCAGAGGAAGUGGCGGCGCCGCCUUCUCCGCCGGCGCCGGAGUGCGCAUCCCCUGAGUCUGGUAAGGAAAAGAAAGGCUUCUUGGAGAAGAUAAAGGAGAAGAUCCCUGGUUACCAUUCCAAGAGCGAUGAAGAGAAGGAAAAGGAAAAGGAGAAGGAGAACGACUCCUCGGCGUGCCACUAAGCCAAUCCAUUCUGCCUUUCUUUCUUUCCUUUUUCCUAUCAAUAAUUUGUGCUUUUGGGUUGUGGUUGAUGAUGUUUUGGAUGGCUUCUUCCUUGGGUUUUCUGCACUUUACCUUUUUUGGUUUUCUCUUUGAUUUUCACUUGAUGGUGUUUGUUUGAAAAUACAAAAGCAUGUACUAUUAUGGAGUGCUUUAUCUGUGAAUUUACUAUCAUGAAAAAAAUAGUUUGUGGUCUUGUCCAUGAAGAAAAUUUAUAAUGUGCGACAUAUGUGUUGAUCAUGGAA